AUGAAGUACAAUAAGCUGGUAACGUCCUCCAGGAGGAAAAACAGGAAGAGGCAUUUCAGUGCUCCUUCCCAUAUCCGACGAGUGUUGAUGUCUGCACCACUCUCGAAGGAGCUUAAACAAAAAUUCAAUGUUAAAUCUAUGCCAAUCCGCAAGGACGAUGAAGUACAGGUUGUACGUGGACAUUACAAAGGCCAGCAGGUCGGUAAAGUAGUUCAGGUUUACCGUAAGAAGUUUGUUGUCUACAUCGAGAGGAUCCAGAGAGAAAAAGCCAAUGGUGCCACGGCAUAUGUCGGCAUUCAUCCAUCAAAGUGUGUUAUCGUCAAAUUGAAGAUGAACAAAGAUCGUAAGGCGAUACUGGAUCGCAGAUCAAAGGGCAGACUCCUUGCUACCGGAGGAGGAAAGGGAAAAUACACUGAGGAACAAGCUACAGCUAUGGAGACCUCGUGA